AAUGAAGAAAGAUAUUAGUCUUCGACCUUUCCUUCUUCUGCCUUUUGUGGGCGGAUCCGAUCGAAGUCUCUCCCAGGGUUUCUUUCUCGAGAUUGGAUCGAAUCGUCGGGUUCUCGAGAUUACUAGUUAGGAAUAGGAGCUUGGGAAGGAUCUCUUCUUUGGUUUUUGGUUGAUUCUUCAUUUUGCUUCGUCUUUUUGUUCUCAAUUAGGCUCAAAUUCUUCCUGUAGAAGGGAUCCACAGCAUUCUUUCUUCCCUUUUUCGCUUUUUUGUCUUCGUUAAUUUAGGUUCUGGCUGUUCAAUCUUUGACAAAAAGAGAUCUUUGAGGAUUUUACAAUUGUUUUGGCGGUAGAGGAGACCGUUCUAAUUGCAAUUUAGUUCCAAGCUCGACUCUUUUAUGGCCUUAGAAUGCCGAGGGAUAGAGGAAUCAUUGCCAGAGAAGUUUGCCGCUAGUACUUGGGACGAAGAAGUUCUCUGGGCUGGCGUCCCUUCCCAAGUUUUAUGUGUCAGCUCGAAACCAAUGUGCAGCAAGAAACCUUACAGCAAAUCCAUUACUCGGAAAUCUGUUUCCUCGGUUCCUUUGAAGAAAGGUGACUCCAAGUCUGAGAGGACGACAGCUGAUGAGGCAGGUCCUAAUGGUCAACCCCUUUCCUUCACGGACCUUCCUGCGACUGUAGUCUCUGAGAUUCUUCGGUGUCUCGAUGCCAAAGAUCUCGGCAUCAUGUCCUGUGUCUCUACUCUGCUCAAUAGCCUUGCAUCUGACCAUUAUGGGUGGAAGGAUUUCUAUUGUGAUAGAUGGGGUCCUCCACGGGGACUGAAUCCUCCUGCUGGACCUGGCUUCCCAAACCAUAAAUCUUGGAAGGAGUUAUUUGUGGAAAGGGUGUUUAGAAGCAAAUCGUUCAUGGGACGGUACAGCAUGGAGGACCUCCAUGGCCACACUGAAGCUGUACGAGCUGUAUUUCUUCUCCAGUCAGCAAAACUUAUCUUUACCGGAGGGUAUGAUGCUGUCAUUCGUAUGUGGGACAUGGAAGAAGGCUUGUCGGUUGCGGUAUCUCGCCCUCUCGGUUGCACAAUUCGAGCUAUCACUGCUGAUUCUGAGCUCUUGGUAGCUGGCGGAACAGAUGCAUUUCUGCAGUGCUGGAGAGCAAUUGAAGGGCAUCCACACCUGUUUGACAUUGCAGGUGUCUCUGUGAACCAUAACUGCAACUUCCGCCUAUGGGGCCAUGAAGGCCCUGUUACUUGUCUUGCUUUAGAUUCCACCAGAAUUUAUAGUGGUUCAUGGGACAUGAGUGUUCGUAUAUGGGACCGAACUCAUUCAAAAUGCUUGAGGACAUUGAGGCAUGGAGAUUGGGUGUGGUCUCUCGUCCCUCGUGGUGGAACUGUUGCUAGCACAGCUGGUAGAGAUGCUUAUAUUUGGGACAUUGACACUGGAUGCUUGAUGACUGUUAUCCAUAAUGCUCAUGAGGGUAAUGCCUAUUCUUUGACUCGAAGCCAUUUGGGAGAUCUUUUAUUUACUGGAGGAGAGGAUGGCAUGAUUCAUAUGUACCAAGUUAGCCAUGACUGUGAUGCUGAAGAUAUUAAACCAGUUGCGACUUGGAUUCCACACACAGGCCCUGUUCAUUCACUUGCUUUUGAGUUUCCAUGGGUUGUGUCAUCUUCAAGUGAUGGGAGGAUCGCCCUAAUUAAUGUGAGGAAGCUGUUGAAGUCUGGUCAAUCUUGCACUUCAAGUCAGCAAUCUCAGGUCAGGCACUCCACUCCAGAUGCAGUGGAGCCACCUCAAAGGAUGCUACAUGGCUUUGGUUGCAAUCUUUUCUCUGUGGACAUUGGUGCGGAUAGGAUCAUAUGUGGUGGUGAGGAAGGUAUUAUUAGAAUUUGGAACUUUUCACAGGCAUUGGAGGUUGCAAAGAGGGCCCAAGCCCUUAGAAGUGUUAGGCUGGAGAACCGGAUGAGGCGGCGCAAGGCGCAGAUUGAGAUGUGUAGUAAUGGUGCAUGCGCUGAUCAGUGUUCAGUUGCAGCAAGAAGGAAUCAGCUGAAUGGGGAGCGCAGUGGCGUUUGGCACAGUAAGCGUGGCAUGAGUGGAAAACUAAAGGCCUAGAGACAGGGACUCUGUCCCUGUAACUUGUCAAGUGCUUAAUUUAUGAAACUUGUAUAAACAUACUGUCAGGAUUAAUCUUAGACUGGUGCAUAGUGUUAUCCAUGUUCCACAUUUUUCUUCAUUAUAGAUUUGUGCUUGCAUAGUGUAAACAUACUGUUGUCAUUUUCAGCUCUCUUAUUAUAUUUUGUACUCAAUUUUUGUGUUCUUA